CUCGUGUCUCAUUGACCAUGCAGAUUAAGGAUAGAGGUAAAGUUGCUUUUGGAUGCUCGAGGCGCGGUUCCUGACCACCGUUGAUCAUAAAGCAAGAAAUGCCAUGGACGGCAGAUGGUUGCAUUGCGGUAUACCGGUAGAUAGAGAAGACGAUGCCAUCAAUAUCAAUGAAGACCGUCGGCUGCAUAAUAGCAGUUUUGGUUUUGAUGAGCUUUCGUUCUUUUCUGGUAAACGAAAAACUGCAAAAGGAAGAAUUGUCAAGAACCACAGGGGCAGAGCUUCAAGCUGCACAAAUGAUAAUCGAAGUCAACCUGGAUACUCCUAUAGCUACUAGUAUAGACAAUGACGAUGACAAUGACGAAGAAGAGGAAGAAGAUAAUGGUACCACCAGACUGGAAAAUGCUACCCCUAUGCUACCCUCAGCACUAUUAAGAGAAGAUUCAGAUACCCCUGCUACCCCUGUGAUACCCUCAGUACUACCGGUACCGGUACAUGUAUUCAGGGAAGAUAAUCAUACCCAAGUGAUAUCUACAAUCUCCCAGAACCAACGUGACUUUUACGACUAUCACUACCAGCAAAUGCAAGAACUCUUUGGGAACUUUCGGCACACCAACGUCAUUUACUGGGCCACACGACAAAAGUUUGAACAAUUCCUGCAGCAUUUUGAUCAAGCCCAACUUUGGAGAGUCAACAAGACCGAAUCCCGCUCCCAAAUACUAGAUAUUCAAGACUACCACGACAAGGGCUACAAGUACUUGAAAAUUGGAUCCAUUUGCAUUCUGGCAAAAAACUUUAAUCGCUAUCGACGACAACUCAACGCAACGCCCUAUCCGCACAUUGCCUUUUUUCGCAUGGACGAAAACUGGGGUGGAUUUUCCCAACAGAUUCCUGGUAAAACCACCGAUUGGGUUCCCGACUUGAUGGCCACUUGGAAAAAGGAGGGAUGCAAGAAUAGUACCAUUUGGGAAUACAUCAAUCAUCCCGAGACACUCUUGGCGGUCACUACACAGUUUCAGCUCUUUGGAGAUCAUCCCAAGGUACAUUCCUUGCCAUUGGGAGUACGGACACCCGACAAAAUCAAGUUUAUGCUCGAUUUUCUAGAUCAACACCACCAACAACCACGCACUCAACUACUCAUGCUCAAUUGCAAAGGACGACCCAUGCGCAAACAAGCCAUGGAAGCCGUCAUUCGCAACUUUCAAGGAACCGUACGCAAUACAUUUGGCAAGGGCAAAGCCGCCGAAAAGUCCUUUUUUGAAGAAAUGAUGCGUUCCAAAUUCAUUCUCAGUCCGGGCGGGUUGGGAUUGGAUUGUUAUCGUCAUUGGGAAGCCAUGUAUUUAGGCACCAUUCCUGUUAUUGAGCAUUUGAAUCGAACCGAUGGAUGGUACCGAUCCUUUCAAGGAUUGCCCGUCGCAUGGAUUGAUUCUCAUGACAAUGUCACACCGGAAUGGCUCGAACAAGAAUAUCAACGCAUCAUUGCCAAGGCCAAAGAAUAUCGUUACGAACGAUUGACGGCACAGCAUUGGAUCCAAUUCAUAAAGUCCUUUUGGAAAAAUAACCAAACGAAGGAAAUAUUAUAAAGAGAGAGAGAGACAAACAAUCUACUAUGCAUACAGCGAAGAAAUCAAUCGCCGGUUUGCAUCGCAUCCUUUUUAAAAUUAACAUGCCACACGCAGCAAUGAUGCAAUGUCGAGGAGACAGACCUUUGUCAAAGCCAUUUAGAACGGAACAGUUGAUCCGUAGCUGUGGCCAUCCGACAAGUCACGGAAAGGUAAAGAGACCGCUAUCAGUCCAAGGAAAACGAACGUCUUUCGAAACCUGAGGUCGUCCCUGAUCCCAGGGAACCUAGUCCCCUAUUUGGCCUCUUCUUUUCCGAAGCCAAACUCACUGUUGGCCGCCCUAGAUAACUUCCCUUCCCUAUGGCUACCCUGGUAGCUAUAUCAAAGUAACAAUGAGGUUUGUUGGGGGCGUUUUAUUACCUGGAUGCAGAUGGCUCUCGAUUUCUAUCUUCACCGUGCUUCAUGGGACAGCAAUUGACUCGGCUCCCUGUUCUUUUCCUACGGUAGCUAAGCCUCACCCUCUGCCGGCUUUGUGGAUACUUCCCUGGCAACCCUUUUGCACUGAAGAAAAGGACCGCAAUGUAUGGCACAAGAGGCAGCGAGGCCGCCAAAACCAUGCAUGCGAGCCCGAAUCGCCUGCUGUUGCGUUGCUCAGACUAUUGCUAUUAACCUAUUUUGCCACGCUAGUCUAGUAACGGCAUCAAGCUGGAGGCAAAGAAGGGCCCAUGCUAGCUAUAUGGGUACUUUUGCCAGCCACCCAGUUCAAAUCUUGAUUCGACUGUCACUCGAUCGCUCAACGCAAGAGGACAAAGGCUAGCACCACCACCAAUACAAUGGCACCGCUCCAAGCUGUUCUCCAGGCUUGUUCCUUGUCGUCUUGGAGUUUGUACCGCACAAAUACAGCCACGGCGACCAGCAGCGCCAGCCAUCAAACCAACGCAAUGGUGCCACCUACAAAUAGCCGAUGAAUCCUUUCGUGAUUCAUGGGGCCAAUACGAAGCCCAAUCACCAGCAACAUCACAUCAAGAACUACUCCCAAGCACAACACGGGGAAAUAGUAGCGACGGCUUGACUUCAUCAGAGGAGCCGCCCUCUCCUGGCUUUUGGAUGCAUCCUCCAGAGUCUCUUCCGAACUUUCGGGCUACAUUUCUUUUGUCAAUUGUUCCUCUUGGUCCAUCUUGCUUGCCAUCGUUGACAGAUGCAGUUUUGACUUGGUACAGUCUCAGCCGCCCAGCCCUUCCUCCAGCUUCUGGGUACUGGUAGCAUGGUCGACAUCGUCACGUGGCUCCAGCUCCUUGGAAGGCUUUACUUUGCAAUCAACAUGAAAGCUUGGUUCCUUCAUUGUCGUCUUCUAUCCAUCCAUCUCUCUACCUAUGAAGAACGGGAGCAGUUGACCCGCGCCUUGGCUUUUUGAUGAGCCGAUCGCGGCCAUGGAUCGUUUUGUGUGUUUCCAAAAUCACGUCUUGGAUCUUUUUACGUGGGCAACCACGGAUCGCCCGCGCAGAGCGAGGAAACGAGAAACGAGAUUGAGUGGGAAGUGCUGAGUGACUC